GGCGAUCUCGCAUUACUCCAUGCCCUCCCCCGCGCUCCCCCCUCCGGGCCAGCUGAGAAGUUGCAACUGGUUGAGAUAUUUGUCCUUGGGGUUUGGGGUUUUUAUUUUUAUUUCCUUUUAUUCCUUAAUCACCGCAGCUCACAAAAACAUGACCUGAGGCUGUUCUUUUUCCAUCAGAUCUGAGCAGGGCGUCUCAGCGCCAGUACAACUAAGCACAACAAAUCCUGGCGAGCUGCAGCCAGCGACAGCAAGAGGGAGGGGAGGUGGUGGUACACGGGCAGCGCCGCCGGUGCCAGGUCCGCAGGGGCUCCCGGCCGCUGCCCGGGGCUCCUGGGCUGGGGCAAUGUACCAAAACCGGGGAGCAGCAGAUAGGGGAGGCGAAGGAGGGCUGGGCGCCAGCGGCUGCCCCGGGACGGAAGGGACACGGGAGCGCCCCGGGAGCUCCCAAGCUGCGCGUCCCCCGGCUCUCCGCACCCCUCUCACGCCAUGCCACAGCCGGCCAGCCAGCCCCAAUGUCCCGGCCCCGGACCUCCGGGGUCCGGCGAGGAACAGCGUAGGCGACAGCAGCCCCGCACCAGCGGCUCCGGCCCCUCUGCAAAGGGGGAGCGGGCUACUGACAUUUCUGCCGCCACGUAAGAGCCUCCGGCGAGUCCCUCUCCGCCCCCUCCAGUCCCCUCCUUCCCCUCAUGGCACAGUCGACGUGUCAGCCCCAAAAGUUCAUUUCCAGGCCCUGGGAGAGUCCCCUAUAAAGGUCCCGGGGCGUGCGUGGGACAGUGAGACGUGGCAGCGCGGGGCUGCAGCGGGGCGCGCAGGCAUCUCCCCAGCCAAUUCCCUGAACUGAUACUUUCAAAAUGAAGAGGAAGAUAAGAGUGGGAAUCAAGAAUGCCUUGGAGAAAUCCAGUCAUAAAGUUUGAGGAGUAGAAAUAAUAGGAAAUAUUAAUAACUCUGGUCUCUUACAUAGGUCAGAAUUUAGAAUGAAAUGAUGUAAAGUUACAAACCUGAGACAUAAGGGCUAUAAAAUUUGAAUCAAGAUUCACAGAUUUUUAAAUUAAUACAUAAUAAAAAUAUUUGCUUUUCCCCCCUCUA